AUGGUUAGUUUUCUGCCUGAUAACAAUUCUUCAUUUAUUGCAUCUCAAUCGGCUUCUUUACGGUGCGCUAAUGAAACACUUGAAGAACAUGCGACGCGUGUCCUCGGUCCAUCUAUCGAAAUUACUCGUGGUGUUACGCCGUCACGUUUUCUCCAACCAAUAGAUUUAAUAAGUUCUGCUCCUGGUGCAAAUUUCACUGGGAGUCAGGUGACUUCAAAUAAAAAGGAGCAACAACAACUUAUCAAUAAUGUUCAAUCGUGCUUGAGCGCUAUGAAAACAGCAAGACAAGCCGCUGAUGAUCUUUGUGAACUUUACCGUGAGGAUUCACCAUUUUAA